AUGAAGAGGUGCGAACCUAACAUCGAGAUGUGUGACUCCGAGGUUGGUCCUUCAUCUUCGUCUACCAACCCCUCCGCCGGUUCCGAUAUUGUCAGCAAUGCGGCAAAACGUCCUAAGAAAACGCAGAGACGAAGGUUCGAGAUGUUUCUGAAUGCUGUCGACCGUUUCAUCAGUCGGUUGUCAAUGUCCAUUAGGAUUUCGACCUGUCGGCGUCGGUUGGAGAACUCCGGCGCCAUUGUUGGUGCGGAUGGCAUGGUAUCGAUGAGGGAAUUGGAGCUACUGCACCGCGAAAUGACACAAGACCUUCAGCGGAAUUGUAACGAAAGGUUGGAGGAGCUGAUCUCUGGAUGUGAGCUAGCUGAGGCUUUGAACAAUGCCGACGAGUUGGUGCUCAAAGCGGCCAUCACGAAUCCAAAGAACGAGUCCAAAUGGCGAUUCACCGGCCACCCAUGGGUCGACCUUCGACCGUACCGUUGCCGCGCGCUUGUCCGGCAGCGGGACUUCGUCCGGGACCAGCUAGCCGAGCUUGCCAAAACCAAGGAACUUCUUUGCACCUCAGUGAGGGCCCGUCGCGAACGACUUGCCACCAUGCGCAGUGACUUCGACUCGUUACAUCAAGAAGUCAAGCAACUGUUUGCUUCGCUAGUUCCGGACGAUACGUCUUAA